AUGAAAUAUUUACUCCUAUCAAUAUUUCUUUUAAUCAAAUCGGCUAAUGGAAUCUCGAUAAAACAGUGGAAAUCAGAAGUGAAGAAUCGUUUCAGCAGUCAUCCACAAAUGUCACUGAGUCAGCUUUAUUGGUUCAAAUUUCUCCGAGCAUUGGGAAACCGUGUCACGGAAGUGAUGGUAUGCAAUUUCAAUCGUCAAUUUGUAGCU